AUGUCCAUUUCCUAUAAGGAACUAAUUGCUCUCCGCCGCGCACACCUCGUGCAGUUGCAACAGCAAGAGCAACAGCGGGCCCCGUCUGCUUUUGUGCAAGCCUCUCUUGAGCCAUUGUGCCAAGAGGUUACCACGUUGGUCGAGAGUGCGGUGGAGAAAUGUGAUGGUAGUGAGGAUGGGACAGGAAGCGAGGAGCAACAGCCGCCGUGGUUGCGCGAGGACUCAUCUACCCCCACGGCCCCGAAGCCCAUGCCCUGGUCGCAGCCGGUACAGGGGCGGUACGCCAUGGAGGAAGAAGUGCCCCUCAGUGAGGAGCCAAAGGUUAUGGUGCCGUAUGAGGCCGUGAAGGGUGAUCUUCCUCGGGCAGAGGUGAUGAGGCGCUGGCGUCGACGCUACGACGAACUCUCAGUAGAGGCAAUGUUGAAGAAAAAUAACAUUAUUGUGGAUGGUGAGUUCACAGGUGAAGUUCCGGGCUCCUACCACUCUCUCUUGCCUUUGCAAGCAUUUGACGACAGGAGUUACGAAGAACUGUCUCCGCAGGAUUGGCUGAUGAAGUGCGAUGAAUCAGGUGGAAUCCCGUGCAAGGCGCUGCAGAAAGCUGGAGCGUGGCGCUGGAUUCGUGGCAGUGUCACGGCAUGGGAUGAGGAGACAAACGAAUUGACCGUCCGACUCCUCUCUUCCGAUAGCCACGACAAAAGUGUGCCCCAAGAAGGGGGCACCGUGGUCCUCCUUCCCCGAAUAUAUGUGUGCCUCGAUGCGGAGAACCCAAGUAAUUUUGUAGAGCGUUUUACAAAAGCGUUUCACAUGCGAAAACUCGUAGAGAGCAUACUUCGGCAACAGCUGUACGUUGAGUCUAUCCCUCCUGAUGAAUUUCAGGUCAUUGAUCCCCCUGUACUGGAGCGUAUUCACCAAAUGUGUUUCAGUACAUCGAAAUUGCGGGAGAAUGAGGCCAUUCUUGAGGUAAACAAGGUGCUCACGGAGGUGCGCACCGACUACUCUCGCGUGAUGAACCUGGAACUUAUGAGGCACAUCAUGAAGCACGGCGGCCUUGUGCAGCUGCUCAGCGGGUCGAUGCUGCCGGAGGAACGGUCACCCAAGAAACCCCGCAAGUGUGGUGUUUACGCGUUGCGGGAGAAUUGUUUUCGCAAUGUUCUAGCUGCCUUCCGUAAGGAUUCUCUGGCUGCCUGCAACGGGAUUAUCAUUGGUAUCAUGCAGCGUGUGCGGGAUGGAAACGACGCAUUGUUGUUGCGGAAGGUUUUUCGCGUUGGUGAGGCGAUGGAUGAAGUUUCUCCAAUAGCGAUGGAUGCGUUUGAGGAGGCGCAGAUUGGUUUCAUCCGUGAUAGUGCCCAGUUUCUUCGGGAAAGGUGGGUGCCGGAUAUCACGGACUACAUUAAACGGGCUUUCGCCGGUUGUACAGAGAGUGAUGAGGUGAAUCUGAACGUCCGCGAGAGUGAAUAUGAGGGAUCAAAGACGCAACGCCUUAUGAGUGCUGUGACACUACAGAUGCAGGACUCUCUUCGAUUUCUGUUGACAGCAGCGUUCAAUGAGUUUACCUCCUUCAUUGAAGAGGCGGCACAAUACACCGUCUAUGUGCACGGCAUGUCUAAUGUCGAAGUGAUACCGCUGCGGGGCGAGAAGGACACUAGAAUUACACCACUGUUUAAAGUGGCCAUCAUUGAUGGUGAAUCGCGCGUGCUCAAGUACACUACCACAGCAGCGGACUUUUCCAAGGUGCUAAUUGAGCUUAUAAGCCGCUCCCUGACAUUGCACACCGGUGUGCGUUCGGUGGAACGCCGACUUUUCAACUUCCUUUAUGACCCAACCACUGCGUUUGUGCCUUCAGUCGAUGCGAGUGACCCGGUUGUACAGGCUUGCAUGCAGCGUCUUCGCGAGGCUCUCGCACGUGCUGGUGAACCGCUUGAUCAGUAUCUGGCUAUGUAUGAGGAGUUUGAUGAACUCGUUACACUCGACGUGGCGCAGUAUGUAGAGAACUUCAAGCAACAAUUUACCACGACGAAGGGUGUUGAGGCCGAGAUUCAGCGUCACAUCAAGCGGCGGGGGGAGAUUAACGAGCGAAUUCCCCGAUUUGUGAACCUUGGCCUCUUUAGAGUGGACUGCACCGAUCUGAAGCGGCGGCUGGCUAGCAAGUGCUCGCACAUUUCCAACGCACUCCUCGAUGUGAUGCUCCAUCGCGCCAACUUGAAGUCAACGGAGGUGACCGAAAGCUUCCGUGAGCUUCGUGAUGUUCUUCUUAGGCCCACAGAGACACCAGAAGAGGUGGUGGAGCGGCAGGAAUUCAUAAAGACAAUUCCGGAGAAGGUAUUUGACCUUCAGAUUGUGAUUUCUGAAAUUCAGCAGAUCUAUGGUAUCCUUGACGCUUUUCAGGUACCACUCACAGAAGAUGACUUCAACAGGAAGUGGGUGGCUAUUGGGUGCCCGGCCCGCCUUGAAGACGACAUUAUUCAGCGACAGCUUGAGCUUGAGCAAACCAAGCGCAGCCUCACUAUCAACCUACGCAAGUCUCAGGAGGCAUUCCAGGAGAAGAUUGCACAGAUGCAGCACACAGUGAGUACUUUCCAUCGUCGCACAAACGUGAACAAGAUCAACGAGAUUGUGGCGGAAGUGCAUGUAGUGCUGGAGCACAUUCAGUCUCUUAUCGAGACGGCUAACGCGUUCAACACACACGAGUCGCUCUUCGUACUGGAAAAAACAGACUACACGAUGGUGCGCGAUCUUUCUUCUGAUUUUGAGCCGUUUGCAUCACUAUGGCUCACCGUGAACGACUGGGGCACUGCUAUUCGGGAAUGGUACAACAAGCCCUUCGCUGAAAUUGAUGCCGAAGAGAUGGAGCAACGGGUUAUGAAGGACUAUCAGAUCAUCUCCAAGAGCAGCCGGGACCCGAAGUUAACAGAGAUACUUGUGGACAUUGCUCAAAAGACAAAGGCAAAGAUUGAGGAUUUUAAGCCGAUGCUUCCGUUCGUGAAGUACCUGCGUACCGAAGGUCUCAAGGACCGACACUGGGACCAAAUCUCGAAGGAAAUUGGCCACGAGGUGCGACCUGGCAAGACGCUCAUCUCUCUCAAUGAUCUCAAGACACUACGAGUCUCCGAGUAUGAAGAAAUUCUCUUACGUAUAUCUGAAGUGGCGGCACGCGAGUAUCAGAUCGAGACCUCGCUAAAGAAGAUGAAGAAGGAAUGGGAAGACGUUCAACUCAAUGUACAGGCGUACAAGUCUACUGGAUGCUUCCUGUUACCAAAAGACGCCGUGGACGAAAUCCAAGAAAAGCUCGAUGAUCAAAUGCUUAUUGCUCAGUCACUUGGAUUUUCACCCUUCAAGAAGAUGUUUGAGAACGAUAUUGCGGCAUGGGAGGCGUCCCUUAAACAGGUGCAGAAUGUGAUGGACGAGUGGCUGGUCUGUCAAAAGGCGUGGCUUUACUUGGAGCCUAUUUUUCAGUCGGAGGACAUUACCCGCCAGCUGCCACGGGAGGCGAAGCGAUUCCAAAAGGUGAAUGAGAAUUGGCAUUACCUCACCAACGGGGCCCACAAGACUGGUCUCGCACUGGGAUUCUGUAUCAUCAGUGAAACACUGGAAAAGUUCAAGGAGAAUAAUGAACUUCUAGAACUAAUUCAGCGCGGCCUGAACCAGUACUUAGAAAGCAAGCGCUCCUCCUUUGCACGCUUCUACUUUCUUUCAGACGAUGAGUUGCUCACAAUACUCUCCGAGGCCCGUGACCCACAGAAAAUUCAGCCACAUUUCCGUAAGCUGUUUGAGAACAUCAUGGUCAUUGAUAUGCGGGAGCCCAACAAUGAAAUGUAUGGCAUGUAUUCGCAGAUGCGGGAGUACAUUCCCUUUGACGAGUCCAUCAUUCCUCGCAAAAACAUCGAGAACUGGUUAACAGAGAUUGAGCAUAUGAUGAGGAUAUCUAUUCGCUCUCAGUUAGCACAAGGUCUGAAGAACUGCGCAGCAAAAGGAAGGAAGGAUCUUAUCUUGAACUCCCCUGGACAGGUAGCUAUUGCCGUCAAUCAGAUUCUCUGGACACGCGACUGCGAACAGAGUUUUAAGGAUCAUGGAUCACUUAUUCCACAUGUCCCAAAGGCAAAGGAAAACCUUAUGGAGCUGGUGGAAGUGGUGCGACAACCCUUGUCAAACCUGCAACGCAUGAACAUCAGCGGUCUUAUCACGAUUGAGGUACACGCCAGGGACAUUGUAGAGAAGCUGGCCGAUGAUAAAGUUGACAGUAUAUACGCCUUUGAAUGGGUUUCACAGCUUCGCUCGUAUUGGGAGAGCAACGACUGCUAUCUACGUCAGGUAGAGGCACAGUUUCAUUACGGUGGUGAAUACCUUGGCAACACCACACGUCUUGUUGUAACACCACUGACGGAUCGCAUUUAUUUGACACUAACAGGUGCGAUGCAUAUGUUCCUUGGUGGUGCUCCAGCUGGCCCCGCUGGUACAGGCAAGACAGAGACAGUAAAGGAUCUUGCAAAGGCUGUAGCCAAGCAGUGCGUGGUGUUUAAUUGCCAAGAAGGUAUGACUUAUGCAUCAAUGGGAAAGUUUUUUAAGGGACUGGCUCAAGCGGGUGCAUGGGCAUGUUUUGAUGAAUUCAAUCGUAUUGAUGUGGAGGUUCUAUCUGUUGUGGCGCAGCAAGUCUCUUCGCUACAGGAGGCCGCACGCAGCAAACAAUACCGUAUUGCCUUUGAGGGAACAGAAAUUAUUGUCGACCCGUCGUAUUCUGUGUUCAUCACUAUGAAUCCUGGUUAUGCAGGUCGUACAGAGUUGCCUGAUAAUUUGAAGGUUCUCUUCCGCCCUGUUGCUUGCAUGGUGCCAGAUUACGCCAUGAUUGCCGAGAUUCGUUUAUUUUCGUUCGGCUACUCCAACUCCCGCACACUGGCGCAAAAGAUGGUGGCAACAUUUAGGCUGAGUUCAGAGCAGCUCUCUUCGCAGGAUCACUACGACUUUGGUAUGCGUGCGGUGAACACUGUCAUCUCCGCUGCGGGUCUUAUGAAGCGUGAGUCGCCUGACGAAGAAGAGGAUGUCCUCCUGCUUCGUGCACUGCGUGAUUCCAAUAUGCCAAAAUUUUUGGAAGAGGAUCUUCUUCUUUUCUCUGGCAUUAUUUCUGACCUGUUCCCUGGUGUGGAGCUUCCCCCACGCGACUAUGGCUCCUUGCUGGGUGUACUCUCUGAGAAGGCUGUGGAGAUGCACCUGGAGCCAACUGACAUGUUUGUCAAGAAGUGCGUGCAACUGUACGAGAUGAAUAUCCUCCGCCACGGGCAGAUGAUUGUUGGACCUACAAUGGGAGGGAAAACGUGUGCCACCCAUGUGCUUCAGGCUGCGAUGACGAAGCUAAGGGUUGAAAUGAACCAAGAACGCUUUGCCGAAGUUCGGGUGCAUAGUUUGAACCCAAAAUCUAUUACGAUGGCACAACUCUACGGUGGUUUCGAUGAUGCGACGGGCGAGUGGCGCGAUGGACUCAUUGGUGAGUUGUUUCGCAUUGCCGCCCGUGAGACUACAGAUGCAAAGCAAUGGAUCUACUUUGACGGCCCUGUAGAUGCACUUUGGAUUGAAUCAAUGAACACGGUGCUCGAUGAUAAUAAGAAACUUUGUCUCAUCUCUGGCGAAAUCAUCGCAAUGACGCCUUACAUGAGUUGCUGGUUUGAGGUGGAGGACCUUGCGGUGGCGUCACCCGCUACCGUGUCGCGUGCAGGCAUGAUUUACAUGGAACCCGCAACAUGCAUUGGCGUAAACGCCUUUAUCAAGACAUGGCGGCAGCACCGACUUCCCAUCACAAUGGACCCAUACAAGGAUGAUCUGGAAAAGUUAUGUACCACACUUUUUCCUGCAUUGAUCGAGAUUGUGCAGAAGGAGGUGACGGAGUACAGCCCCUCUGUUUGGCCCAAUCUUGUCGUCUCAUGCUUCAACAUUUUUGAGGCACUUCUGCUGCCCUUCACACCGACUCGUGCGAUGGAGGUGCCGCAGGAUCGCCUGGAACGUCUGAAAUCUGUGUACCUACAUCUCUUCGUCUUUUCUGUGGUGUGGUCUUUUGGGGCCACAGGCGACAUGGAGAGUCGCCGCCGCUUUGAUCACUUCCUACGCAUGGAGCUGAGCAAUCUUGGGGUGGACAUUGACCUCCCUGUAAUUGGAUGUAUUCAGGACUACGAAUAUGUUUUGGAUGAGGCUCGAUGGGUGUUGUGGACAGACCGCCUGCCAGCCUUCAACUCGCAGGUGACAGCUCAAAACUUUGCGGAAAUCAUUGUCCCCACUGCCGACGUGGCGCGGUACAAGUACAUUAACAAGCUUCUCCUUCAGAAUUCGUACCAUACGCUUUGUUGUGGUCCCACUGGUACAGGAAAGACAGUCUUGUUGCAGCAGCUGCUGAUGAAUGAGAUGCCGAAAGAAUUUACGCCAAUCUUCUUCACGUUUUCCGCUCGCACCAGCGCAAACCAGACACAGGACCUCAUUUUCUCCAAGUUUGAGGUCCGGCGCCGCGCUUCGCCGCAGAUUUGGGGAGCCCCUGUAAAUAAGAAGUUUGUCAUUCUUAUUGAUGAUGUAAACAUGCCGGUAAAGGAGCAGUAUGGAGCCCAACCUCCAAUUGAGAUUCUUCGGCAGUACAUGGAUUAUCAUGGCUGGUACGAUCGCAAAACACGAGAGUUCUUUAACAUUGUUGAUGUUGUGUUUACGGGUGCUAUGGGGCCUCCUGGUGGAGGUAGGACGCAUGUCUCUCAGCGCUUUCUCCGUCACUUUAAUCUCAUCGCCUUCCCUGAGGUGGAUGAGGACAACAUGAGACGUAUUUUCGUAUCCAUCCUGGACAGCUAUUUCAAACCCUUCGGUGAGGAUGUGCGUGGGAAGCUUACAUUCAUUGUAAAUGCAUCAAUUGACAUCUUCCACACUGUCACAAAGGAGCUCCGCCCGACACCCUCGAGGCCGCACUACCUUUUCAAUCUCCGUGAUCUCGCCAAAGUGAUGAGCGGACUGCUCAAGGCUACGCCAAAGACAACAUCAAACCUCGUCGGUCUUCUGCGGUUGUGGGUGCAUGAGGAGAUGCGUACCUUCAAGGAUCGCCUCACUACCGUUGAGGAUCGGCAGUGGUUUGACAAUCAGCUCCGGCGGGAGAUCCAGAAGCACUUCAAGACGCCGUUUGAGGAGGUGGUGCCACCUGAAAAGGGUACAGAUGGCCUCUUAUUCGUUGAUUUUAUCAAUACAAGAUCAGAUCAGCUGCUGUACGAGGAAGUGCAGAGUCCCGCGGAUCUCGUCAAGACACUGGAGGGGAAGCUGACGGAGUACAACAAUGUUUCCUUCCACAAGAUGAAUCUUGUGAUGUUCGCCUACGCUGUUGAGCACAUUUGUAGGAUUGCACGUGUUAUUCGAAAACCAAACGGACAUGUUUUGCUGCUCGGUGUUGGUGGCUCUGGUCGUCAAUCGUUGUCUCGCAUUGCCGCGUUCCUCAAUGAAUUUGAAGUGUUUCAGGUGGAGAUCUCCAAGGGAUACUCCAUGAACAGCUGGCGUGAAGAUAUCAAGACGGCACUUCGACGAGUCGCAUUCCACAAUAAGCAGGUGUUGUUCCUCUUCACCGAUACACAGAUUGUGCAUGAGUCCAUGUUAGAGGACGUCAACAACCUCCUCAACUCUGGAGAAGUGCCAAACCUUUUUGUAGGACCUGAUUUGGACGAAGUCUUUAAUGCCAUGAAACCUGUCUGCAUUGCGGAAGGUAUUCACCUCGAUAAGGUAGGUAUGUACGCCCGAUUUGUGAAGUUCUGCAAGUUCAACCUACAUGUAUCUCUCUGUAUGUCUCCGCUUGGGGAGACAUUCCGCAAUCGACUCCGCAUGUUCCCUGCCCUCGUCAACUGCUGCACUAUCGACUGGUUCACUGCAUGGCCCACACAGGCGCUCCGGAGUGUCGCCCACAACUACUUUAGUAAUCUGGAGCUACUGAAACCGGGAGAUGUGGACAGCUGCACAGAGUUGUGCGUAACUAUUCAUCAGAGUGUGGAACAGAUUUCGGGACGCUUCCUGGCGGAGACCCGACGCCACACGUACGUGACGCCGACUUCCUUCUUGGAGCUGCUUCAUACCUUUAAGCGACUUUUAGAGUCUCAGACGGAGGCAGCAAACAAGACGAAGCAUCGUCUGCAGAAUGGUAUGAAGAAGCUGCGUGAGACGGAGAAUGCAGUGGCUGGACUGCAGCAGACACUGGAGAAGAAUCAGCCGAUCUUGAUUCAAAAGGGUGAAUCGAUCAAGAAACUCAUGGAGGAGAUUACCAUUCAAACAGCGUCGGCGGAGGAGACAAAACAGGAAGCUGAAAAAGAGGAGGCGGCAGUUGCGGCUAAGCAGCGCGAGUGUGCUGCUAUUGAAGCUGAAGCGCAGGAGCAACUUAGCGAGGCAUUACCCGAGCUCGAUCGUGCUUUGGCAAGUCUGGCUAACUUGAAGUCCUCACAGAUUACGGAGGUGGCUGGCUACAAAGCCCCUACGCCUGGAGUUGUCAUGACGAUGCAGGGCAUUGCCAUUCUCUUUCAGCUCAAACCGGUUAUGCGUGCGGGUGGGCCCAUGGAGGAAAAGAAACCGGAUUACUGGGCUACCGCUAAGGAGCAGCUGUUGAACAACCCGAAUGCUUUGAUGCAGCGUUUGAUUAACUAUGACAAAGAGCACAUCCCUGAGCGACUUAUUCAAGCCGUCAUGCCGAUGGUUUCGUCGGAAGACUUUACGCCCAAGAAGAUUGCAGGUGCCAGUCAGGCCUGUGCCGCAAUGUGCCAGUGGACCCAUGCCAUGGUGAAGUUUCACGAGGUGAACAAGAAGGUGGAGCCGUUGCGUAAACGCUUGGCCAUUGCGCAAGAUGACAACCGUGUAUUCCUGGAGAAACUCCGUAUGGCGCAGGCACGGCUAGAGGCGGUAGCCAUAAAGCUUGAGAAAUUGCAGGCUGACAAGACGCGUGCGGAAAAUGAAAUGCAGGAACUUGAACAAGUUGUGAAAACGACAGAGAUCAAACUUGGACGUGCGUCGAUGUUGAUUGACGGUCUGGAAGGUGAGAAGAAGAACUGGACAAACACUCUACAGGAAAUUGAAGAGAACUUCAAGUAUCUCUUGGGCGACAUGAUUGUGGCAGCAGGGCAGAUUGCAUACGUUGGGCCGUUCACAGCAUCCUACCGAAACGACCUGUUGCAACUAUGGAGGGGUGAGUUGGACAAGCAUAACAUCAUGCACAGUCCACACCUCUCUGUGUAUCACUCGUUACGGGAUCCAAUUCUCACAGAGAGCUGGAAUGUUAACGGCUUACCAACUGAUGCACUGUCAGUGGAGAAUGCCAUCAUCAUGACCAACGCUCGCCGCUGGCCGCUCAUGAUUGAUCCACAGACGCAGGCGAAUAAAUGGAUUCGGCAGAUGUACCCAGAGGGCAUGGAGAUCUUGAAGCCCAGUCAGAAGGAUGUGGUGAAGCGCAUUGAGUAUGCCGUCCGCUCCGGUCGGGCUGUCUUGUUGGAGAAUGUUGGCGAAAGCAUUGAUGCAACCCUCGCUCCACUUCUCGCGAAACAGACAUUUACGCAGGGUGGUCAAGAGAUGAUUCGCUUGUCCGAGCACGCCAUCCCAUGGAACCCCGAGUUUAAAUUCUACAUGACCACGAAGUUGCCAAACCCACACUACAUCCCAGAAGUGAUGGUGCAGGUAACACUCCUAAAUUUCUUCAUCACACCGCAGGGUCUGGAGGAUCAGCUCCUUGGCGUUGUUGUUGGGCAGGAGCGGAAGGAGCUGGAGAUGCGUCGGAGUGACUUGAUCAAGACGAACGCCGCCAUGCGUGCUGAGGUCGCUGAUAUCCAGAAGACUAUUUUGCGCAAGAUGGAGGAGGUCACGGGUGACAUCUUAGAUGAUGAGAGCCUCAUUCAGUAUUUGAACCAGUCAAAGACUACCACGGACGAGAUUAAGACCAAGGUUGCAGAAGCUGAGGAAGCUGAAGUGGAGAUUAACGCAAGUCGUGAGCUGUACCGCCCUGUUUCGCGUCACUCUUCGUGUUUGUACUUCUGCUGUGCGACGCUGUCAAAUGUGGACCCUAUGUAUCAGUACUCGUUGCAGUGGUUUGUGCGGCUAUUCAUCAACGGCAUUGAGGCCUCAGAAGCAUCCGACGAUCUCGCUGAACGGUUGAAGAACCUCCAGGAUUACUUCACGUAUAGUUUCUAUCAAAAUAUCAGUCGUUCACUCUUUGAGAAACAUAAGAUUAUGUUCUCCUUCUUCCUCUGUGUACGAAUAUUGCAGCAGAGCAAUGGCAUUGAUGAAGGAGAGUUCCGCUUCCUCCUUCAGGGUCCUUCAAUGACAUCCAAGACGCAGCCGAAUCCGGCGCCCUCGUGGCUCACUGAGUCAACGUGGGUGGACAUUUGUUACCUUUCGGCUAACUUUGCCUGCUUCAAGGGUAUUGCUGGGCACAUUGCCGAAAAUGUGGAACACUACCGUGGCAUAUUCUUGUCAUCUUCAGCUCACAAGGAGAAACUGAAGGGCGUGUUUGAGCAGCGGCUUACCGCCAUGGAGCGUAUGAUGUUCCUCCGUUGUAUCCGUCCAGACAAGUUGAUGGAGGCGGUGCAGGACUUCGUCAGGGACAAUCUUGGUGAGCGAUUCAUCCGUCCUCCUCCAUUCGAUCUCCUAACAUCCUUCAAGGAGUCUAGCGCGACUGCACCGCUUAUCUUUAUUCUUUCCCAGGGUGCGGAUCCUUUUGAGGAUUGGAAAAAGUUUGCCGAACAGCAGAAUAUGGGGAAGAAACUCUCUGACAUUUCAUUAGGUCAAGGACAAGGGCCCCGCGCCGAGCGUAUGCUUCAAGAAGGCAUGGAAAAUGGUACAUGGGUGCUUCUUCAGAACUGUCACUUAGCUACGUCGUGGAUGCCAACCUUGGAGCGGCUUGUGGAGGCGAUGGGAGUUGGUAUUCAUCCUUCCUUCCGUCUUUGGCUUACUUCUAUGCCGAGCCCACACUUCCCUGUUUCAGUUCUGCAGAAUGGUGUGAAGAUCACCAAUGAACCGCCAAAGGGUAUGCAGGCUAACGUUACACGCUCUGUGUUGAGCUACCGUGGCGAGUACUUAGAGACGUGUAGUAAACCAAAGGAGUUUAAAAAGCUCUUCUUUGCCAUGUCUUUCUUUCAUGCUCUUAUUCAGGAACGUCGAAAAUUUGGCCCACUGGGAUGGAACAUUCCGUACGAGUACACAUCUGGAGACUUGGGAUGCUGUGUCGCGCAGAUUCGCAUGUUCCUUGAGAAGUAUGCUGAGGUUCCGUACAAGGUCAUUAAAGAGCUAAGUGGCAACAUUCACUACGGUGGUCGUGUCACAGAUGACUGGGACAGACGAACGCUGAUUACACUGCUUGAGGUUUUUGUCACCCCUGAUGUCAUGGAGGACAAUUAUCAUUUCUCUCCAUCAGGGGUAUUCUCCUCUAUACGGGCUGGGUCACAAAAUGACUACGUGGAAUAUAUCGAAUCCUGGCCUCUCAGCACCAAUCCAGAGGUAUUUGGACUGCAUGAAAAUGCUGACAUUACGUGCGCACGCAACGAGACGUUUGGGACGUUAGAAGCUAUACUUGCCCUACAGGGUGAGUCAAUACAGAAAAGCGCCCAGGGAAAAUCACCCGAUGAGGUCGUCGUGGAGCUAACUGAGCUCAUCCGAAGCAGGGUGAGUGAUCCCUUUAAUAUUGAUGUGUUCCACAAGAAGUACCCAACAAUGUAUGAGGACUCAAUGAAUACCGUGCUUGUGCAGGAAGCCAUUCGGUUCAAUCGUCUUACAGUGGUAGUGAAGGAGACUCUUGAGGCACUCCCGCUGGCCAUUAAGGGUGAGGUGCUGAUGAGCCGCGAGCUGGAGGAGGUGUACCGCUGCAUUUAUAACAACCAAGUACCUGGAAUGUGGGCGGAGCGUGCGUACCCAAGUCUGAAGCCACUUGGCUCAUGGGUGGAUGAUUUGGUGCAGCGGUUGGCGAUGAUCGAGUCGUGGUACGAAAAUGGGCACCCGAACGCAUACUGGAUCUCAGGAUUUUUCUUUCCACAGGCUUUCCUUACAGGCAUCCUGCAGAACUUUGCUCGUAAGAUGAAAAUCUCUAUCGAUACCGUGAGCUACAGCUUUGAGUGGAUGCAUAUAGAACCAAGCGCUGUGACAGCCCCACCGGAAACGGGCUGUUACGUGCAUGGCAUCUUUAUUGAGGGUGCUCGGAUUGACCGGCACACAAUGCAAUUGGCGGAGUCGAUGCCAAAUGUGCUUUUUGAAAGGGUCCCGAUGUUGUGGCUGAACCCUGUCAUCAAUAGGGAGAAGCCAAAGGAUGAUGUGUAUGUGUGCCCACUUUACAAGACUCUUCGUCGUGCCGGCACACUAAGUACCACUGGCCACUCCACAAACUAUGUGCUCACGAUGGAGAUACCCACAGCGGUUGACCCCAAACAUUGGAUAAAACGCGGUGUUGCUCUUGUUUGUGCGCUCAACUCUUAA